AUGAAAGACUUUAUCAACAAGUUUGGUCAAACUUCGAUCAAAUUGUCUCGUCAGGCUAAAUCCAGAGAGAAAUUACUAGACAAAAUGUUGGAGAAAGGUCUCACUGAAAAAGUGACUCAAGACAAGAUAUUUAGAUUCAAAUUCCCAGAAGUAACCAAAUUACCAACACCAAUUUUACAAUUCCAAGAUGUCAAAUUCCAUUAUCCUGCCACUGACAUUAUUCCAGAACCUAAAAUAUUAUUUAAGGGAUUGAAUUUGGGUGUAGAUAUGGAUAGUCGUAUUGCCCUUGUAGGUCCAAAUGGAGCAGGCAAGUCCACUCUACUCAAACUCAUGGUCAAACAAUUGAAACCAGUCUAUGGUGACGUUUGCGUUCAUUCUCAUUUACGAAUUGGUCAUUUCCAUCAACAUUUAACUGAACAAUUGGAUGAGAAUUUAACACCACUCGAAUGGAUGUUUAAAGAAUUUCCAGACACAUUCGAAAAUAAUUCAAAUGGUACUGAAAUUAUGAGAUCUCAACUUGGACAAUAUGGAAUUUCUGGAGGACGACAAACGAGUCCCAUUAAAUUCCUCUCAGACGGCUUAAAAUCAAGAUUGAUUUUUGCAUGGCUUGCAUUCAAGCAACCUCAUAUUCUCUUCUUGGAUGAACCUUCUAACCACUUGGAUAUUGAAACAAUUGAUUCAUUGGCUGAAGCCAUUAAUGCAUUCAGUGGAGGCUUGGUAUUAGUUUCACACGAUUUUAGAUUAAUUGAUCAAGUUGCAAAAGAGAUUUGGGAAGUGAAAGAUGGAGCUGUGAAACAAUACAAGGAUGGUAUUCAAGCUUACAAGAAGAUGAUUGCUAAAGAAUUGAGAAAUUCUAAAAAUUAA